GGGACCAGGCGCCGCCGGGACGUCGAGCACCGCUGCCGCCGGGGGCUCGCAUCCGAGAAUAAAUAUGGCAGAGCUUUCUGAGCCAGAAGGACCAGUAGAUUGGAAAGAACGAUGCGUUGCUCUGGAGUCUCAGCUCAUGAAAUUUAGAGUCCAAGCGAGCAAGAUAAGAGAGCUCUUAGCAGAGAAGAUGCAGCAGCUUGAGAGACAAGUUAUUGAUGCUGAACGUCAAGCAGAAAAAGCUUUUCAACAGGUACAAGUUAUGGAAGAGAAAUUAAAAGCAGCUAAUAUUCAGACCAGUGAAUCAGAGACUAGGUUGUAUAGAAAGUGCCAAGAUCUGGAGACCCUAAUACAGGAAAAAGAUGACAUCAUUCAGAACUUGGAGCUGCAGCUUGAAGAGCAGAAACAAAUAAGAAUACAAGAAGCUAAAAUAAUAGAAGAGAAAGCAGCUAAGAUCAAAGAAUGGGUGACAGUUAAGUUAAAUGAGCUGGAAUUGGAGAAUCAGAAUCUUCGUGUGAUCAACCAAAACCAAACUGAAGAGAUAAGAACAAUGCAGUCAAAACUACAAGAAGUUCAAGGGAAGAAGUCAUCCACCGUCUCCACACCAAAGCUUUCAGAAGGCCAGCGCCUGAGCAGUUUGACCUUUGGGUGCUUUUCGUCCCGAGCAAGGAGUCCUCCUCAAGUAAUAAAAUCUGCAGAAGUGAGCAAGCUGUCAUCUAAAGAGCCUGAGUUCACUGAAGGAAAAGACAGAGAAGGAAUGGAAAUUCCAGAAAAGUCUGGCGAUAACCAAGUUCAAGAAAACAGCAGAGGUCAGAGAACAUUGCAUCAAAUCCCUUGUGGCUCAGAACAGAGUCAGAAAGCAAGAGCAAGCUUUGCAACAGAUGGCAGCAUGUCCCAGAAUUCUGGGGCUCCAGCGAGUGACUGGAGUUCCGACGAGGAAGAGGGGAGCAGGGGAAGACCCAAGUCCAGGUGCAGAUCCACCCUUUCCAGUCACACAUCAGAGGAGGGCGUCCAGUGUAGCAGGAUGGGAAGUGAGACAUAUUUGACGGCCUCUGACGACAGCAGUUCGGUAUUUGAAGAAGAGACUUUCAGCAUAAAGAUAUCAGAACACAAGAAGCUGUAUUCUUGGCAACAGGAGGCCCAAUGGAAAGCUCAGAAUAAUCCCCUUGGAAAGGGGAAUUCUGAAUCAAAAAAAAAGGAGCAAGAUAGCUCCUCAGAUGAACUGAAUAAGAAAUUUCAGUCUCAGAGACUGGAUUAUUCCUCCUCAUCGAGUGAGGCCAACACCCCAAGCCCUAUUUUGACCCCAGCCUUGACUCCAAAGCAUCCUAAUUUAUUACCUGGAAAAGGAACACGGUUAAUGUCUUCAUCAAACCUGCCACCCCCAAAGUUAAGGAUUCCUAAUGUUUUCAGUAUAAGUGUAGCGCUAGCCAAAAGGCACUUAAGCCAGCCACAGUUAAGUUCGGACAGGAUGUUUGGUACAAACAGAAAUGCUAUAAGCAUGAUACGACCACUGAGACCUCAGGAAACGGAUCUCGAUCUAGUUGAUGGUGACAGUACAGAAGUUUUAGAGAAUAUGGACACUAGUUGUGAUGAUGGAUUAUUUUCCUACGACUCCCUGGGAUCCCCGUGUUCAGACGACCAGGAAACCUGUGACUUGGCAAAGAAGGCAGCGUGCAGCAAGCCUCCAACGCCUCCCCUGCACCGCUUUCCCUCUUGGGAAAGCAGAAUUUAUGCCGUAGCCAAAUCAGGUAUUCGAAUGUCUGAGGCCUUCAAUAUGGAGAAUGCUAAUAAAAAUUCUGUUGCAAUGCUUUCCUAUACUACAUCGGGACUUUAUACCUCACUGAUAUACAAGAAUAUGACGACCCCAGUGUAUACAACUUUGAAGGGGAAGGCGACCCAAAUCAGCAGCAGCCCGUUCCUGGAUGACUCUUCCGGCUCAGAGGAAGAAGACAGCUCCAGAUCCAGCUCCCGGACAUCCGAGUCAGACACACGCAGCAGGAGUGGCCCAGGCAGCCCCAGAGCCAUGAAACGAGGUGUGUCUCUCUCUUCUGUGGCUUCUGAAAGUGACUAUGCUAUCCCACCAGAUGCUUACUCCACAGACACAGAACACUCACAGCCAGAGCAGAAGCUCCCGAAAACCUGCUCCUCUUCCAGUGAUAAUGGGAAAAAUGAACCACUGGAAAAAUCUGGUUAUUUAUUAAAAAUGAGUGGUAAAGUCAAGACUUGGAAGCGGAGGUGGUUUGUUCUUAAAGGCGGUGAAUUACUUUACUACAAAUCUCCGAGUGAUGUGAUUAGAAAACCCCAGGGCCAUAUUGAACUUAGUGCGUCCUGCAGUAUUUUAAGAGGAGAUAACAAGCAAACAGUUCAGUUGACCACUGAAAAACACACAUACUAUCUGACUGCAGAUUCUCCCAAUAUAUUGGAGGAAUGGAUUAAAGUGUUACAAAAUGUUCUCCGAGUACAAGCUACCAACCCACUUUUUCUUCAGCCUGAGGGCAAACCAACUGUGAAGGGAUUGCUCACCAAGGUAAAACAUGGCUACUCCAAGAGAGUCUGGUGUACACUUAUAGGAAAAACAUUGUAUUAUUUUCGUAGUCAAGAAGAUAAGUUUCCUUUAGGUCAGAUCAAACUCUGGGAGGCUAAAGUUGAAGAGGUUGAUAGAUCCUGUGAUUCAGAUGAAGAUUACGAGGCCAGUGGACGUAGUCUGUUAUCCACACAUUACACCAUCGUCAUUCACCCCAAAGACCAAGGUCCGACUUAUCUUCUAAUUGGAUCCAAGCAUGAAAAGGACACUUGGCUUUACCAUCUGACUGUUGCAGCUGGAAGUAACAAUGUAAACGUUGGGUCUGAAUUUGAACAACUCGUUUGCAAAUUGCUGAAUAUAGAAGGAGAACCUUCCUCUCAGAUAUGGAGACACCCCACUCUGUGUCACAGCAAAGAAGGAAUCAUUUCCCCUCUGACAACACUACCUUCUGAAGCUCUACAGACAGAAGCAAUUAAAUUAUUUAAGACCUGCCAGCUUUUUAUAAAUGCAGCAGUUGACUCCCCUGCGAUUGACUACCACAUUUCUCUAGCCCAGAGUGCUUUACAGAUCUGUUUGACACAUCCUGAGUUACAGAAUGAAAUUUGCUGUCAGCUCAUUAAACAGACAAGACGAAGACAGCCACAGAAUCAACCAGGACCAUUGCAGGGCUGGCAGCUCUUGGCUCUCUGUGUUGGGCUCUUCCUUCCCCAUCACCCUUUCCUGUGGCUCCUGAGGCUCCACCUGAAAAGGAACGCAGAUUCCAGGACAGAAUUUGGAAAAUACGCCAUUUACUGCCAGCGAUGUGUAGAGAGAACGCAACAAAAUGGAGAUCGAGAGGCAAGACCCUCAAGAAUGGAAAUUCUUUCAACCCUUCUUCGAAAUCCUUAUCAUCAUUCUUUGCCCUUCAGUAUCCCAGUGCACUUCAUGAAUGGAAUAUAUCAGGUAGUUGGAUUUGAUGCAUCCACCACAGUGGAAGAAUUUUUGAAUACUCUGAACCAGGACACAGGAAUGAGGAAGCCAGCACUGUCUGGAUUUGCUUUGUUCACAGAUGAUCCCUCUGGCAGGGAUUUAGAGCACUGUCUUCAAGGAAACAUCAAGAUUUGUGACAUUAUUUCUAAAUGGGAACAGGCUUCCAAAGAACAGCAGCCUGGCAAGUGUGAAGGCACAAGAACUGUCCGUCUGACUUAUAAAAGCAGACUAUAUUUCUCAGUGCAAGCUCGUGGAGAGACUGAUAGAGAAAAGUUGCUGUUAAUGUAUCAGACGAACAAUCAAAUAAUAAAUGGGCUGUUUCCUCUGAACAAGGAUCUGGCAUUGGAAAUGGCAGCUCUUUUAGCUCAGGUGGAGAUUGGAGAUUUUGAAAGACCUUUCUCAACUCCAGCAGGACACAUUACUAACCAGUGCAAAGUAAAUCAAACUCUAAAACAAGUCAUAGAGAAAUUUUAUCCUAAAAGGUAUAGAGAUGGCUGUUCUGAAGAACAAUUAAGGCAGCUUUGCCAGCGACUGUCAACGAGAUGGAUGGCCCUGCGGGGACACAGCACAGUUGAUUGUGUCCGCAUUUAUUUGACGGUAGCCAGGAAGUGGCCGUUCUUUGGUGCCAAGUUGUUUCUUGCAAAACCCAUAACUCCAUCAUCCCUUGGGAAUACUUUCAUGUGGCUGGCUAUACAUGAAGACGGUUUAAGCAUCUUAGAAUACAACUCCAUGAGGCUAAUAGUCAGCUAUGUGUACAAGAGUCUAAUGACCUUUGGAGGUUAUCAAGAUGAUUUUAUGGUAGUCAUUAACAAUAUGCAUUCGAAGGACAAACCAACAGAGAAAUUACUUUUUGCCAUGGCAAAGCCCAAGAUUCUUGAAAUCACUCUUUUGAUCGCCAGUUACAUAAACAACUUCCAUCAGCAAAAGGCAGCUUUUCACCACCUCUCUGCUCCAGCCUCGCUCUCAGCCCGGACCCGGGGACCCCAAGCCAAGGCGAUGGGAAGCCAGCCCCUUCUAUCAAGCAGCAGACCGACCAAAGGCCCCACCUUACUCUGAAAUCAUGAGAGCCUGAACAGUCACUUCCUGUCCUCUGUGCAGUGGGUAUGUCAGCUCCAGACAAGGUCAGGUGCAUUCUGGCAGCUUGGUACCCACACCACAGUCUUCCAAACUUGAAAAAUAAUGCAGGUUACUCUCUCUUAUUUAUUCUGAAAUAUCCCAGUGAGUACUGCUAGUAAAACAAAACCACAAAAUUUGCCAACACACUGAUUGCAUAAAUGGGUAAGAAAUUGUCAUUUUGUCUGUCUGUUUCUCACGUUGUGCAAUAUCUAGCAAUCUUUACAAAGGGAGAUUCCAAAACUCUCAUUUGGUAAACCAGUUGAUCAUUUGGAAAUGUCUCCUGCCAAAAAAUUAAGAACUAAAAUUCAAUGUGCCUGUAGCUAAUGAUCGGGUAUUUGGAAAAGAGUGGCAUACACAGUGUAAACACAGCUGCAGGGUGCUGUUGAAGGGGUAAGUCUGUAGAGUGAGUGCAGUUAACCUUCUGACUCUGUGAAUCAUUACUUGAGAAAACAGGACUUAGGUAACUAGACCCUCCUGAGUGGUGUUAGAAAGUAUACCUUGUCACAUUUUCAGAUCCGGGGAGUGUGAAAUUUAAAACGAGAAAGUGACUCCUGACAUUCUUAAAUCAUCAACAUAGUCAGAGGUCACUGGAAAAUUGCCCACAUUUUAUUGCGUUUGGUACUGGGUCAUUUUGACCUUGCUUUGUUAAGUAAUAUUAUCUUGGAGAACAAAGAAUUCUUAAAGCGUUUCCCUCACACACAGUCCUUUCUAAUUAGUGUUUGAAAACAUAUGACCAAAACUAUUUUUAAAAGAGAAGAAAAUUUUUCUGUCAAAGGAGGAAAAAUUUUAGUUGAGUUUGGAAAUGCACUACAAUACUCGUUGCUGUUGUUAGGUGCCAGCGAGUUGGUUCUGACUCUUAGCGACCCUAUGUAUAACAGAAGGAAAUGCUGCCCACUCCUGUGCCAUCCUCACCGUCGUUGCUGUCUGAACCCAUUGUUGAAGCCGCUGUUCAUUCCAUCUCGUUGUUCAUUCCUCUCUUUCACUGACUCUGUACUUUAUCAAGCAUGAUGUCCUUCUCCAGGGAAUGGUCCCUCCUGAUAACAUGUCCAAAGUACAUGAGACAAAGUCUCACCAUCUUCACUUCUGAGGAGCAUUCUGACUGUACUUCCAAGACAGAUUUGUUUGUUCUUCUGGCAGUCCGUGGUAUAUUCAGUAUUCUUCACCAAGACCAUAAUUUCUAGGUUAUGUAAUUGGUUAAGACAUUUCGGUACAUGUCAAAAUAAUUAGUAUUAAUUCAUAAUAAAAAUGAAACUGUGAUAUGAGAAUUAUAUUUUUUAAAUGUUUAAUUGUAAUAGUAAUCACGAGUAUACUUAAUUUUAUUUAUGUAUAGAAUAUUUGUAUUUAUUUUUUGGACAUAUAUUUAUCACUUUGUGGUAUUUUUUUUAACCGAUUUGUAAACAUAUUAACUGUUGAAUUAAUUUGUUGGCAGAGCCUUCAUAUUUUCUUCUUUGCUGCUUUCCCCACAUGGCAAUGCGCUGUUCUCACGCUAAGCCUUUUAAAAAUGUCCUUUAAAAUGCCCCAUUCCAUAUUAGCAUCCUUAUAAAGGUCAGAGGCAAGAAUACAUUGCUGUGGUAAUACUUCAUUUAUUGGAAAUGACAAAAAGAAGGUCAAAAAACCUCAUAGAAACAGAUUUCUGUUGACUGUUUCCCCUAAGUUUUUUGAGCUGCAGCCAUUCACUGAGUAAACAAAUUAGUCUUCAAGUAUAAACUGGUUGCCAGUUUGGGAUGACUCUCAGGAGCCUUCUGGCUGGGAUAAAAUAGUUUCCAAGUUCCCAGAAAAACCAUUUAAUAAUCAUUAGUUGGUGAGCCGGAAGCUUGGCAGAGCACUUACAUAUGUUUGAGCACUUUAUUCUCAGGCAGUAUUUCACUCUCUGUUAAGACCUCCAGAAACUUCUAAUUCAAGCAAGUAGUGAAGCUUAGCUUAAACUGUAGUACCUUAAACUUCGCAUUUCUUUUUGAUAGAGCAGAGAGAAAAUAUUUUGAUAGAAAGAAAUCAAUUUUCUGUAACUGAUGAUGUGAAAAUGUUAUCUUCUGGCAGAGUACUUAUAUAGCCAUUUAAAAAAUUCAAAGUAUGUUAUUAUGAUUGGUUACAAGAGAGUAAUGUUACAUGUUUAAUUGUAAUAUUUGUCUCCUAUCAUUUUCUUCCCUUUCAAUCAUAAUAAAUGAUUUACAAAAACCAUUUUGAACAUUAUCUUUUAAAUAAUCUUCCAGAAGUAUCCGGUGUUUUCAUUGUCAAAGCUGAGGUGUACUACUAGUGAAAAAUGGUAGUUAGUAGCUCCUCCUCUUGCAUUCAUGCCUUGUCUUCAGGGUUGCUUUGUUUUAUCCAUAGGAAAGAAAGCUGUUUUGGCAAAUUGUAAUUUUAGUACCUGUGUAUACACCCAAGUACAUAUAUAAUACGUGAAUAGAUACAUUAAUAGAUGCAAAUUUUGGUUUGCCAGUGAUUUUGUUAAUAAGCUCCUUAAGGGAGCUUAUGUCAUGAGGUGGAUUGAAUGGAUAGUGUUUUAAAAUUUUAUUUUAAAUAUUUUGGAUUUGGAGGGGGAGGAGGUGGUGAGGAGGUCCUUAAAGUUAACUACUGCUGCCAUAGCUUGCAACUGAAUUUAACUCUGCAUUUCCAAGAGAACUUAGUCACAACUUAUAAAGGAUCUCUGCUCCAAAAAUGUGUUUAUUAGGUGGUUGCUUGAAAAAUGUUUCUAUGGAAAAAAAUACAUGGUGGUCAGGUUCCUAGGACAAUACAUUUAACCCAUAAUUGUACUAAAGUAUAAUCCUGAAGCGCUAGCCGCCAUGGGUAACCAUAGUUCUCUAGAAAAACACUUUAGUGUUCCUGGGAUGCCAAGAACACCUUUCCCCCAUCCCCCAUCCCCAGUGCCAUGGGACUGGGUUCCCUCAAGGCUGAGCUGUGGGAUGAUUCCUGUGAAGCAGAAGCUCCAGUAUAGUGGGGACUGAGGAUUUCUGUCUCUUGCAGAAGUCUAAUCUCCUGUCACAUUUUGCCCCUAUUAUUCUUGCCCUAGAAGAAAAAAAAAAGGCUUUAAUUGAUACUAGAACAACUUUUUUUUUUCUCUUUCUCCUUUUCUUUAAAUGUCAAAUUAAGGCAAAGUUAACACAUAGAUAUUAGAGUAAAAUAAGA